GGACCCAGCGGAAGCGUCAGGACUCCAACCGCUGCAGCGCCACUCAAAGACACCGGAGUUCAAAUGAGGAAGAUUAUAUGCAAAGGAAAUUUCCGAAGUGUGAGCCUGAAGCCUUAACUGACAAAUUUGCAGGUUGGAACAAACAUCAUUCAUCAGUAGCAAUGGAAGACUUUCAUGUUCUGCAGCUUGGGGAUAAAACCGGUUCCUCUUAAGUCUUCGUUAUUGUGGGAAGAAUGAUGCUGGAGGAAGACCGUCUUUUAGAAGCAGUUGAUACGUGUUGUAUAUUUACAUUUUAGAGUAUGCCAAGCCUGGUGGUUCUGUAACUUUUUAUAAUUGUAUAAACUAGAUUAGCCUCUGUUCUGUUUAUUUAUUUGAUUCUUGUAAAUUGAUACUUAACUGCUAGUAACAUUAUGAUCAAAGGAAGUACAUUAAUAAAACAACUGCAACCAAUCUUAUUGUAUUGGAAAUAAAAAAUUAUAAAGGUAUUUCUAUGUUGUGCAUUAUUUGUUUACACAGCAAUCAAAUAAUAAUAAAUAGGAUGGCCAAAAAUAAUAAACAACAAAUAUAGCAAUAAUAAGAAAACAAUAAAUAACAUGUUGGCAAAAAUAACUCAACAAAUUAGUUAUUUUAUAACCCAACUGAUUGGGUAAAACUUGCAACCCAAUAUAUUGGGUUAAAAUAACCCAACAAGGGGUCGGUGCUAUAGUAACCCAUAUAUGGGUUAUAUGUUGGGUUAUUUUUAACCCAACUGUUUUUAGUGAGUAGAAUUAUCAAUAGUGCUGAUAUUGUACCUCACAGCACUUCAGAGUCAAGUCAUAAAAUAGUUUCUGAUGUCAGUGAUGAUGGAGAAUCCAUUGUGUAUGUCUCACUGGUGUGUUGAGUGUAAGAACUUUAUCCGCUUUAAUCUUCUUUACCAUCUGUUCAUGCAGGUGGAUAUGUCAGAUCGAGCAGCACACACACACACACACACACACACACACACACACACACAGAGAGAGAGAGAGAGAGAGAGAGAGGGGGGGGGAGAAAGAACCCUUUGAACAAGUGCGGAGAUGACUAUGUUUUCAAUGCUUUUACUCUUGUAAUAUGGUAGAUCUCUUUAUUUUUAUAGGUGUUAUACUAACAUAAAAGGCGUUCUUUUACAACAAAAGAAAUGGAGGAGGCAGAGAUCCGACAGCAAAAGCUGGACAAUCAGCGUUCACUUUUGAUCAAAAAGCAACAAAGAAGAAGGACAGAUGCCAGGAUGGUCACAGCGAAUCAUGACAUUCAUACAAAGACACGGAGACAGAAAGCUGGAUCUGAUGACACAGCUUUGUUAAUAAGCCAGUCUCAGAGCAACACUUCCCUCAAUGACACACAACCUGAGCAAGUUUAUGAAAGCACUGUGGAGGAGAUUAGUUUAGGAGAACUGACUAUUUCAUCAAAGGUGGAAGAAACAUCACAAGAGAUGGAUGUGUCUCAUCCGGUCAUGCCCAAGAAGAUUGAUCUAGAGAUCAGCACCCAACCAAGCCCUGAAUGUAUUCUAGACACAGAGGACAAAACAGAUGUAAAGAAAACAAAGAAAAAAUGCAUGAAAAAGAGACAAACAAAAUUACCAAAAAAGGCAGGAGAAUUGGAGGAAAAUGAAGAUAUAGAGAAGAAAUCUAUAAAGAAGAAGGACAAGAAAAAUGAAUCCAAAGAGAAAGUGAAGACAGGGGAACAAUCUUCAAUUCAGACUGAUUCAGUGAUGGAGUUCAACAUUGAUGCAGAGAAUAAUGUUGAAUCAGAGAGUGAGGAUGAAAGAAAGGACUGGUCAAAGAGUCCUGUUUCUCCCACACCUGAAAAAGAGCAAAACCUGACUGCAGCGAAACAUGACCUCAGUGACAGUGAUGAAGAAAAAAAAAAAGAUGAGGGAGACAAAAGGGAAAUUGAAAAACCAUCGAAAAAGCCAAAAGGAGCCAAAAAUGUGAAUAAUCUUGCUUCUUUUAACUCUAACUAUAAGGAAUCUUCUUCUGACAGUGAUUCUCUGGACAUUGGAAGGACCUCUCCAAUGUCUUUGGAGGAUUUGGAACUGUUUGCCACGCGUCCAGCUCCAAGAGAUGUGACCAUUCAGUGCAGGAUAACCAGAGACAAGAGAGGAGUGGAGAAAGGAAUUUAUCCCACAUAUUACCUUCACAUGGAAAAGGAGGAUGGGAAGCGGGUGUUUCUGAUGGCGGGCAGGAAAAGAAAGAAAUGCAAAACCUCAAAUUAUUUGAUAUCAAUCAAUCCCACUGAUUUAUCAAGAGAUACAGAGAGCUUCAUAGGCAAACUAAGGUCAAAUGUCUUGGGGACAAAAUUCACUGUUUAUGACAACGGAGUAAAUCCUGAGAAAAAAACAUUCAUCAAAGAAACAGACACCCUGCGACAAGAGCUAGCUGCAAUAUGUUAUGAGAAAAACGUGCUGGGUUUCAAAGGUCCAAGAAAAAUGACAGUCAUCAUCCCCGGUAUGCAUGAGAAUGAUGAGCGAGCUGUUAUUCGUCCAAAAACAGAGCUGGAGUCUUUACUCACUCGAUUUGAGAAUGGGAACAAAGAGAAUCUUGUCUCUCUUGUAAAUAAGUCACCCAGUUGGAAUGAGCAAACCCAGUCGUAUGUGCUCAACUUCCAUGGCCGAGUUACACAAGCAUCAGUGAAAAACUUUCAGAUUGUCCAUCCAGAUAAUAUGGACUAUAUUGUGAUGCAGUUUGGGCGGGUAGCAGACAAUGUGUUUUCUAUGGAUUACAGCUUUCCUCUGUGUGCUCUACAGGCUUUUGCUAUCACUCUGUCCUCCUUUGAUGGCAAACUGGCCUGUGAAUGAUCUCGUUUCAUCUUUUUCUUGUAUCCGUCGUUUAAAAAGGGAAAAGUUUGGAGUCAAUUUUCAGUCAUUUUUGUUCUUUAUUUGUAUUAUAAAAUCUUUAGACAUCUUUAGACAUUUUAUAAUAAUAAGUAUACAAUGCAGUAUGUAACUGAUCUAUUUUAUUAAUUAUGUAUAUGUACUGUACAAUUGGUAAAAUAAAUAUAUCAAGUUUUGAUUGUUUAUAUUUGUAUCAUCUGUCUUUCAAACCUGUUGUAUUUG